GAAAAUAUUGAAAUCAAAGGCAUUCAGGAACUCUCUUUCAUCGAAAGAAAAAAGAGAGAAAAAUCUAGUAGAUCAAUGGACGUUGAUAGGCCGAAUGAUCAACCUACAGACACUGGAGGCCGCCGCCGUGGCCGAGGAGCGGAGGCGGAGAAGCGUGCGGGAGCCCUAGAACGCUUAAAAGCUUUACGCCAAGGCGGCCGUCGCUCUGACUCUUCCGUGCCUGCUUACCACGUCAAGCUCGAUGAGCCGGUGUUCGUUAACUGCGACGAAGAUGCUUACCAGGAGAUCGUGAACAAGAGGCGAAAAGAGGCUGAAAAUUUCAUCGAGAAUGACGAUGAAUAUGGAGACUUUGGCUACGGCGACGACGGAAAUGAUGACUGGACUCAGGCGAGUCAUUAUCUGUCGUCCGAUGAUGAUGGGUCCGAAGGCGGAAGAUAUUCGAGGAAAAAAAAGGUUGAGAAUAAGGAAAAGAAGGAAAAUAACAAGAAUAGUAGCAGAGUAAGCAAAAGCAGCGCUUCCUUGUCUGCGGCGGCGGCAAUGAUGGGGAAACAGAGGGUUUCUUCGAUGUUUACUUCAUCGGCUUUUAAUAAGAAGGGUAAAGAAACUGAUAAGGUAAAAUGCGAAAGCAUUGUUGAUGAUGUGAUCAAGCAGUUUGCCCCUGAUGAAUCUGACAGGGAACAUCGCAGACGAGGCCAAACCAGUCUUUUGGCUUCGGUUAGGCCCUCCAAAGUGGCUCCCACGGUGGUUAAUUCUGUUAAGAGUGAAGAUGAGUUAGUUUCCGAAGGUUUGACGGAAUUGGUUGAGAAGUGCACUAAGACCAUUGAAGAGGCGGUUGUAGAAUCUAGUGAACUAGAGUUUGACAAACUGGAGCCUGAGGUUGAAUUGAAGGUGGAGUCCACCGAGGAAAGGAAGGAAGAGAAAGAGGAGAAUGUGCAUAAAUUAAAUGCAAAGAUUUUGGAGGAGAAGAAGGACGAGGCUUUGAGUGCAAUGGCUGGAUGGAAGGCAGUGAAGAGUGAAAGGAAUGUCAAUAUGAAUGGCUCUGGGGAAGGUAUAAAUGGAUUUAGUAGUGAAAGACAGUCAGAAUUUGAGCUUGAUGUGGAUGGUUCGGUUCCAUUUUAUAUACUUGAUGCUCACGAGCAGUUUUAUGGUGCUAAUAUGGGUACUGUUUAUCUCUUCGGGAAGGUCAAAGUUGGAAGUGGAUACCAAAGUUGCUGUGUGGUUGUAAAGAAUAUUCAGAGAUGUGUUUAUGCAAUUCCCGACCAUUCUAUAUUUCACAGUGAUGAGAAUAUGAAACUUGAGAAAGAUGCAGAAGAAUCAAAGAUUUCACUUUCCAGUUUCCGAACUAAGUUGCAUGAUAUGGCAUCAGGGUUGAAGAAAGAAGUUGCAAAACACUUGUUAAACCUUAAUGUUUCAGGUUUUACCAUGGCACCGGUUAAGAGGCGAUAUGCAUUUGAGAGAUCAGAUGUACCUGUUGGUGAGAAUUAUGUCCUCAAAAUCAACUACCCAUUCAAGGAUCCACCACUUCCAUCAGAUUUAAAAGGAGAAAAGUUCUGUGCUCUGCUUGGAACUCACAGCAGCGCAUUGGAGCUUUUCCUUGUUAAAAGGAAAGUAAAAGGACCUUCUUGGCUAUCAGUUUCAAAGUAUUCUAUUUGUCCAGCUCCCCAGAGGGUCAGCUGGUGCAAGUAUGAAGUUGUUGUCGAUUCUCCCAAAGACAUUAGGGUUUCAACUUCAUCAAAGAAAACAACAGAAAUUCCCCCCAUAGUUGUUUCAGCCAUAACUUUGAAGACUGUCAUCAAUGAGAGGCAGAAUGUAAAUGAAGUUGUCUCAGCAUCAAUUAUCUGCUGUCACAGGGCUAAGAUAGACACUCCCAUGUUGGCAUCAGAAUGGAAGAAACCUGGUUUACUGAGCCACUUUACUGUUGUCCGCAAACUUGAUGGAGGCAUUUUUCCAAUGGGUUUUACCAAGGAAGUGACAGAUAGAAACUCAAAAGCCGAAUCAAAUGUUUUAGUCUUUGAGAGCAGUGAAAGAGCUUUACUAAAUCGAUUGAUGAUUGAGUUAUACAAGCUGGACAGCGAUGUUCUUGUUGGGCAUAAUAUAUCUGGAUUUGACUUGGAUAUUCUUCUGCAUAGAGCCCAGGCUUGUAAAGCACCAAGCAGCAUGUGGUCCAAAAUUGGUCGUCUGAAGCGUUCUGUGAUGCCCAAGUUAACAAAAGGAAGUACCAUCUUUGGGUCUGGAGCCAGCCCUGGGAUAAUGUCAUGCAUUGCUGGUCGUCUUUUAUGUGAUACAUAUUUGUGUGCCCGUGACUUGUUAAAAGAGGUUAGCUAUUCUUUGACACAACUAUCAAAGACUCAGCUCAACAAAGACCGCAAGGAGAUUGCUUCACAAGAUGUUCCCAGAAUGUUCCAAACAUCUGAAUUGCUCAUGGAACUUAUUGAAUAUGGCGAGACUGAUGCAUGGUUAUCUAUGGAACUAAUGUUUCAUCUGAGUGUUCUUCCCCUUACCCGCCAGCUGACCAAUAUCAGUGGUAAUCUAUGGGGAAAGACUCUCCAGGGUGCUAGGGCACAAAGAGUAGAGUAUCUUUUGUUGCACGCAUUUCAUGCAAAAAAGUACAUUGUCCCAGACAAGUCUUCACCUCACACUAAGGAAACAAAAGUUUUGAAAAGGAGAAUAACUCAUGGUGCUGAGGAUGGGAACAGGGAUGAUGUGGAUAACAAUGAUGUGAAUCUUGAAGAGGAAGCUCAUAAUGAACGUGGAAAAGGCAAAAAGAGUCCUGCCUAUGCAGGUGGAUUGGUUUUGGAGCCAAAAAGAGGACUGUAUGACAAAUAUGUAUUGUUAUUGGAUUUCAAUAGCCUUUACCCAUCCAUAAUUCAGGAAUACAAUAUAUGCUUCACAACAGUUGAAAGAUUUCCUGAUGGAUCAGUUCCUUGUUUGCCCUCUAGUAAAACAGCUGGGGUUCUACCUGAGCUGCUGAAAAAUUUGGUUCAGAGGAGGAGAAUGGUAAAGUCAUGGAUGAAAAAUGCAUCUGGUAUCAAAGUUCAGCAACUUGAUAUUCAGCAGCAAGCACUUAAGCUCACUGCAAAUAGUAUGUAUGGAUGCCUUGGGUUUUCCAAUUCAAGAUUUUAUGCAAAACCCCUUGCAGAGCUUAUAACACAACAAGGAAGGGAGAUUCUACAAAGUACUGUUGAUCUUGUUCAGAAUAAUUUAAACUUGGAGGUGAUAUAUGGUGAUACAGAUUCUAUUAUGGUUUAUAGUGGAUUGGAUGACAUUGCAAAAGCAAAAGCAAUUGCAGGAAAAGUCAUCCAGGAGGUGAACAAGAAAUAUAGGUGCCUAGAAAUCGACCUUGAUGGCCUGUACAAGAGAAUGUUGCUUCUGAAGAAGAAAAAGUAUGCCGCUGUGAAGGUGCAAUUCAAGGAUGGGAUACCAUAUGAGGUUAUUGAGCGGAAAGGUCUUGAUAUGGUUCGUCGUGACUGGAGCUUACUGUCAAAGGAAUUAGGUGACUUCUGUCUCACUCAGAUCCUGUCAGGCGGGUCUUGUGAGGAUGUUGUUGAAUCAAUACAUAACUCUCUCAUGAAGGUCCAAGAGGAAAUGAGGAAUGGACAAGUAGUACUUGAGAAGUACAUUAUCACAAAGACAUUGACUAAACCACCUGAAGCAUACCCUGAUGCCAAAAACCAACCUCAUGUUCAGGUGGCCCUCAGAAUGAAGCAAAGUGGUUAUUCUACUGGAUGCUCGGCUGGUGAUACUAUUCCAUAUAUAAUUUGUUGUGAACAGGGGUCUAGUUCAAGCAAUUCAAUGGGGAUAGCUUACCGAGCUAGACAUCCUGAUGAGUUGAAAAAAGAUGAGGGGAGAUGGAUGAUUGACAUUGAUUAUUACUUGUCACAGCAGAUCCAUCCAGUUGUAUCACGAUUAUGUGCUUCAAUACAAGGAACAAGCCCAGGGCGGUUGGCUGAUUGCUUAGGACUUGACUCAUCAAAGUUCCAAAGUAAAUCAAGUGAGGCUGUCAGCAAUGACACUGGAAAUGCUCUCUUGUUUGCUGUAGAUGAUGAGGAGAGGUAUCAGGGAUGUGAGCCACUGACAUUGUCAUGUCCAAGUUGUUCAGGCGCUUUUAACUGCCCUGCUGUAUUCAGCUUAAUCCGCGCGUUAGUUGAGAAACCAGAAAAAAUGCAACAAGGGGAAUCUACGAGCAAUUUCUGGCGAACGCUGCGCUGCCCCAAAUGUUCAGAAGAAGGUGACAUGGGUAGAAUGUCUCCUGGAAUGAUAGCAAACCAGGUCAAACGACAAGUGGAGGGGUUUAUUUCAAUGUACUACAAAGGCUUAAUGACGUGUGACGAUGAAACUUGCAAACAUACUACACGAGGUGUCAACCUGCGGCUGAUUGGUGAUUCUGAAAAAGGAUCGGUUUGUCCAAACUAUCCAUGCUGUAAUGGGCGUCUUGUGAGAAAGUAUACGGAAGCAGAUCUUUACAAGCAACUAGCUUAUUUCUGUCAUCUCUUGGACACCACACGCUGCGUAGAGAAGAUGGAGGCAAGUGCGAGGAUAGCAGUUGAGAAAGAGUUGGGCAAGAUACGACCAGUGGUUGGUUUGGCUGCAAACACAGUUCAAAGAAUUCUAGACCGGUGUUCCUUUGGUUGGGUGCAGAUGAACGACCUCAUCGUCACAUUUUGAAUCUUUAUAAUGUAUGUAUUUGACCUACUUGAUGUAAUGACACAUUAUCUGUUCUCUCUGCUCAAGGCUUUGAUGUAAAACGUGAGGCACAACUAGAAUGCCAACAAGAGACAGAAUUUGCAAUGCAGAGAGAAAGCAAUGAUUUAUUUGUG